AUGAAUCUGAACUCCGUAGGGGCCUGUUGCCUCAGCGAAGAGGGAAAGGAGGCUCGGCGGAUCAACGACGAGAUCGAAAGGCAGCUUCGCCGGGACAAGAAAGACUCGCACAGCGAGUUCAAGCUGUUGCUUCUCGGUAAACGAAGUUCUGAAUCGCACUCAAAGCACUGAUAUGACAUUGUGUCAUUAGUAUAAACAUUGUUUCAUUGUAUGACUGUAUUAUUGUUGGCUAUCUGUUAUUUCAAUGUACAUGCCUAUAAUAAACAUGGCAAUUUAUAUUCAAAUUAGAUAUUGCCAAGAGAAUAAUGUUUAUUGUUGUGCAUUGUCUUUAGUACUCUUUGAUGUUUAUAUAACUUAAGUUCACACAUCUAGCUCACAACUGUCCCCUUGCUGGGAGUAAAAUAAAUUAUAACUCAAUGAAAUAAUGUUGACAGCAAACAGGCCCACGUAGUUUGUUAGGCGACUAAGGAAGUAGUUAUUGCUACAAUAAACAUUAGGUUGUUUAAUUGCAGAGGGGGACACAUUUUUUAGAAAUCAUUCAAUCUUGCCAUGGAUCUCCACCCAUUUAGAUUCGUAGAUCAGAAAUCUAUUCCAGUGACCUACUGUAUAUACAAUGCACACACAGUAAGUAGCCAACCUCCUGACACUAUUGUAUACACAUUCCAUGGCCAACACAGUCCUUCUCUUCAGUAGCAGGUGACAAAUUGUAUUUCAAUCAAAAUGUUUGGGUUACUCAGCAAUAGUUAAAUCUAAAUUUCACUUGUUCAUGAAAUUGACAAUAUAAAGAUGACACUGUAUAAGCUUAAAAUGUGCCUUACCUCAGGCUACUGUGUGGGUUAGUGAGAAGAGAGCCACUGUACACAUUAAUGGUGUUUAAAAGUAGGGAUUUAAAAGUGAAACUGAGUUAAUCGCUGAGCUUUUUUCUCCCCAGGGACUGGUGAGAGUGGGAAGAGCACCUUCAUAAAGCAGAUGAGGAUCAUCCAUGGGACGGGAUACUCAGAGGAUGACAAGCGAGGCUUCACCAAGCUGGUGUACCAGAACAUCUUCACUGCCCUGCAGACCAUGAUCCAUGCUAUGGAGACCCUACAGAUCCCCUACAAGUGUGAAGGCAACCAGGUAACCCUUUUGUUGUUUAAUCUAUACCGACUUUUCCCGUUUAUUGCCAACAUUUGGUGUUGGCGCACACAAAUCUGUUGGUGAGGAGUUUUUGCACCAUAAUCCAUUUUAUGGACCUGUGUUUUUUCAGACCUUGACACCAUGUAACCUCACCUGGAAAAACUAUGGGCAUUAGUCAUAGCCUUUAGUCUAGAGCAGGGAUAUUCAUCCUCGGGUCCGCAGACCACUAGGUGUCCGCGGAGGUACUGCAUGAGGUCCCAAAAAUAAAAACAUAAAAAAGUGGAUUCCCCCCAAUGUUUUUAUGAAUAUCGCUAGCAAUCACAUAAUAAACACAUUUUGAAUUACAUACCUACAGUAUAAAAUAGGAGACUAUCUUAUUUCUAAUGAUGUCAACUUUAUUUCUCAACUCCUAAUAUUGAGCAAAUUACACUCAUUGGAGCUAAUUACACUCACUAGAGUACCUGACAUAGGCUUUGAAAAAGCACCCGUGAGUACCAAUCGCUGCAAGUGCCGCUGGUUGCUGGUAAGCUUUCUUGACUUGGACAUACAUUUUUGUCAACACAUGGCUUAACUUUGUUUAACCAGCUUAACAGCUGCUAUUAGUGAAAAUAUGUUUGGAGUUACCUUUCUAGCUAAUAGGCUAGGGUUUCCCAACUGGCGGCCCGCAGGAGGUUUUAUUUGCACCUGCAAGUUUUCUGAGCAAAUAAAAAAUUUAUUUUAUUUUAUUUUGUAUUGUCUUUGUUGAAAUUAAACCACUAUAAAAACACCAGGAAAUCUGCUUUAAGUUAUUUUAAUUUUGGAAAUCUGUUCCCAAGUAUUCCCAUGCAUAAUAGAGAUGUGAUCAAAUACAAAUGUAAGCAAGGUUUGAAAUGAUUAUGUUUUAGUCAAAUAUGAUCUGUUUGGGCUUCUUGCGGUCAAUUUGCAGUCUACAAAUUAUUUGUAAUUAUGUUCCGGACCCCCGACCAUCCACAAAAAAAACAAUCGGUCCGCGGCUGAAUCUUGUUGAUGAGCGCUGUAAUAGGCUAUGUUAGAGUUUACACUUCCUCUUCCAAUUAUAAUGUGGGGAGGUCAAAAUAAGGAAAACUAUCUACCAAGUCUAUUAAUUAAAAAAUGUUGAUUACUUCUCCUUGCCAUUAUCAUUCACCUUAUGAUAAGAAAAUACAUUAAACAUAUUUCUAGCGUAUGAUGGAGGUCCCUGGGCCGCCAGUUUGGCUGGGUGGGGGUGCCUGGGCAAGAAAAGGUUGAAGACUCCUCUAGAGGCUUUCCUGGCAGGUCACAUUGUCAGAAAAAAAUCCUGACCCUAGCUGUAAUGGCUAGGCCCAUGUUUGUACAGACCUUUUAUUUGUUUCUAAAGUCUCUGAGGCUCAGUGAGGCUUGUAGUAAGGGGUUAGGUGAUGCCAUUAUGAUAUCUGUAACUUUGUUUACUUCCUGCCUAGCUGAUGAUGUCAUUAGUUACUGAGCAGGAUGACAGACAAGGUCUUGUAAAAGGUACAUGUGGUUGACUGUUGGCACACACAUAAAGUAGGGGAACUCCUGGAACAAAUAUGCCACGAGAGAGACAAAUAUUCUUUGCUGACCUUUCUAUCCCGCAAAACCUCCAUAUAAUAAUCAUACAAAUUCACUGCCUCACACCUAUGUGCUGCCUGCCUCACACUAACACCAAUUUAAAUUCUAGAUAGGUCUGAGGCCAAGCUAACACAAACCCUUGCCUGCCAUUUACAAGAAUGUGAUCACUCAGACAAAUGCCUCUCUAGGUCUCUCAAGUAAUGAUCUCUUUCCCCUUCUCUUUGUCUUUCUCUCUCUACUUUUUCAGGGUCAUGCAAAUAUUGUCAUUGAAGUGGACGUGGAGAAGAUCACAAUGUUUACAAAUCCGUACAUUGACGCCAUUAAGAGUCUAUGGAAUGACCCAGGGAUCCAGGAAUGCUACGAUCGGAAGAGGGAAUACCAGCUCUCAGACUCUGCCAAAUAGUGAGUAAAGCAGUCACCAAUACCAGCCUCCUAGUCUAGAUUGCCAAAUAGUGAGUAGACACAGAGACCAGUAAAUAACUACUCCCUAACUCUUGCCAAAUAGUUUCCACUGUGUCCAAUACCAGUUCUGUUAAGAAACAUCUCAUUCUCAUACAUAAAAGGCUGUGCAAAUUUAGGUAAGCAAUGAAGCGUUCCAAUGAACAGAUUGCUUCCUAUUGUGAUGCUCGGGUGAAAGAUUACUUAUCUUAUGACCUCUGUGUUUUUCUGAGAAGUGAUGUAAUGAGUAACAGAACUGUAAACAGAAUAAUAAUGAUAUUAACCCCAUCCCUCUCAUGCCCUUUCAGCUACCUGAAUUCACUGGACCGUAUAGCUGAGUCAUCUUAUGUGCCGACCCAGCAGGACGUGCUCAGGGUCCGGGUCCCCACCACAGGCAUCAUUGAGUACCCCUUUGACCUCCAGAGUGUGGUCUUCAGGUAAACAUCCAUAUAGCCUACUACUGUCUCCCUGUCUGGUGAACACAAGUAAUCAAGAUGAUCCUAGAAGAGGAACUGGUAUCAGAGGCACCAUUUUGACUUACUCAAAUACAAAUUGACGUUGUUCCAUGCUUUUCAAUUCAGUACUUAGUAAUGACAAUGUAAUAACUCAUCAUAACCCAUUAGAAAAAUAGUAUACUCUGUAUUCUCUAUACCUGCCUGUUAAGCGUUGCCUCUAAACCUCAUCGUGCUGCUGUUCUCAGAAUGGUGGAUGUGGGUGGCCAGAGGUCCGAGAGGCGGAAAUGGAUACACUGCUUUGAGAAUGUCACCUCCAUCAUGUUCCUGGUGGCUCUCAGUGAAUAUGACCAGGUCCUGGUAGAGUCUGAGAAUGAGGUGAGUUUGGCCAUUGCGGUUUCAACAGUCCAAAGCAUUAUGGUGCUCUUAAGAGGACAUUGCAUCAUUCCACGGCAGCCAUGUUGGAGCCUCCCGGACAAUGCUGACCAAUGACAGUCCGCUUAAUAUUGACAAUUUUAAACUGUGCUAAUCAACUGUACUGCUUGAACUCAUGAAUGGGUAGAUGGAAUGCUUAGAGGCAGAACCAUGACAUCUUACUAGAAAGUUGGCCAAACUCUCUGCCUCUUGCUAUCUCUCUAUGACUGGCUCUGGAUGGAGGUAAACUGCCUCUUCCAUCAAUCCUAUUAGCCAAUGUUCAAUCAUGUGAAAACAAAUUGGACGACCUAAGAUUAAGGUUAUCCUACCAACGGGACAUUAAAAACGGUAAUAUCUUAUGUUUCACCGAGUCAUGGCUGAACGAUGACAUGGAUAACAUACAGCUGGCGGGAUAUACGCUACAUCGGCAGGAUAGAACGGCUGACCCUGGUAAGACAAGGGGUGGCGGUCUGUGUAUAUUUGUAAACAACAGCUGGUGCAUAAAAUCUAAUACUGAGGAAGUCUCGAGGUUUUGCUCGCCGGAGGUAGAGUAUCUCAUGAUAAGCUGUAGACCACACUAUUUACUGAGAGAGUUUUCAUCUAUAAUUUUUGUAGCUGUCUAUUUACCACCGCAAACCGUUGCUGGCACUAAGAUUGCACUGAAUGAGCUGUAUAAGGCCAUAAGUAAACAGGAAAACGCUCAUCCAGAGGCAGCGCUCCUAGUGGCCGGGGACUUUAAUGCAGGGAAACUUAAAUCCGUUCUACCUAAUUUCUACCAUGUUAAAUGUGCAACCAGAGGAAAAAAAACUCUAGACCACCUUUACUCCACACACAGAGACGCGUACAAAGCUCUCCCUCGCCCUCCAUUUGGCAAAUCUGACCAUAACUCUAUCCUCCUGAUUCCUGCUUAUAAGCAAAAACUAAAGCAGGAAGCACCAGUGACUCUGUUAAUAAAAAAGUGGUCAGAUGACGCAGAUGCUAAGCUACAGGACUGUUUUGCUAGCACAGACUGGAAUAUGUUCCGGGAUUCUUCCGAUAGCAUUGAGGAGUACACCACAUCAGUCACUGGCUUCAUCAAUAAGUGCAUCGAUGACGUCGUCCCCAUAGUGACCGUACGUACCCCAACCAGAAGCAGACAGGCACAUCCGUACUGAGCUAAAGGGUAGAGCUGCCGCUUUCAAGGAGCAGGACUCUAACCCGGACACUUAUAAGAAAUCCCGCUAUGCCCUCCGACGAACCAUCAAACAGGCAAAGAGUCAAUACAGGACUAAGAUUGAAUCGUACUACACCGGCUUUGAUGCUCGUCGGAUGUGGCAGGGCUUGAAAACUAUUACAGACUACAAAGGGAAGCACAGCUGCGAGCUGACCAGUGACACAAGCCUACCAGACGAGCUAAAUCACUUCUAUGCUCGCUUCGAGGCAAGCAACACUGAAGCAUGCAUGAGAGCAUCAGCUGUUCCGGAUGACUAUGUGAUCACGCUCUCCAUAGCCGAUGUGAGUAAGACUUUUAAGCAGGUCAACAUUUACAAGGCCGCAGGGCCAGACGGAUUACCAGGACGUGUACUCCGAGCAUGCGCUGACCAACUGGCAAGGGUCUUCACUGACAUUUUCACAUGUCCCUGACUGAGUCUGUAAUACCAACAUGUUUCAAGCAGACCACCAUAGUCCCUGUGCCCAAGGACACUAAGAUAACCUGCCUAAAUGACUACCGACCCGUAGCACUCACGUCUGUAGCCAUGAAGUGCUUUGAAAGGCUGGCUCACAUCAACACCAUUAUCCCAGAAACCCUAGACCCACUCAAAUUUGCAUACCGCCCCAACAGAUCCACAGAUGAUGCAAUCUCUCUUGCACUCCACACUGCCCUUUCCCACCUGGAAAAGAGGAACACCUACGUGAGAAUGCUAUUCAUUGACUACAGCUCAGCGUUCAACACCAUAGUGCCCUAAAAGCUCAUCACUAAGCUAAGGACCCUAGGACUAAACACCUCCCUCUGCAACUGGAUCCUGGACUUCCUGACGGGCCGCCCCCAGGUGGAAAGGGUAGGUAACAACAAAUCUGCCACGCUGAUCCUCAACACGGGGGCCCCUCAGGGGUGCGUGCUCAGUCCCCUCCUGUACUCCCUCUUCACCCAUGAAAUGCAUGGCCAGGCACGACUCCAACACCAUCAUUAAGUUUGCCGACGACACAACAGUGGUAGGCCUGAUCACUGACAACGAUGAGACAGCCUAUAGGAAGGAGGUCAGAGACCUGGCCGUGUGGUGCCAGGAUAUCCACCUCUCCCUCAGCUUGAUCAAGACAAAGGAGAUGAUUGUGGACUACAGGAAAAAAAAGAGGACUGAGCAUGCCCCCAUUCUCAUCGACGGGGCUGUAGUGGAACAGGUUGAGAGCUUCAAGUUCCUUGCUGUCCACAUCACCAACAAACUAUCAUGGUCCAAACACACCAAGACAGUCGUGAAGAGGGCACGACAAAGCCUAUUCCCCCUCAGGAGACGGAAAAGAUUUGGUAUGGGUCCUCAGAUCCUCAAAACGUUAUACAGCUGCACCAUCGAGAGCAUCCUGACUGGUUGCAUCACCGUCUUGUAUGGCAACUGCUCUGCCUCCGACCGCAAGGCACUACAGAGGGUAGUGCGUACGGCCCAGUACAUCACUGGGGCCAAGCUUCCUGCUAUCCAGGACCUCUAUACCAGGCGGUGUCAGAGGAAGGACCUAAAAAUUGUCAAAGACUCCAGCCACCUGAGUCAUAGACUGUUCUCUCUGCUACCGCACGGCAAGCGGUAUCGGAGCGCCAUGUCUUGGUCCCAAAGGCUUCUUAACAGCUUCUACCCCAAGCCAUAAGACUCCUGAACAACUAAUCAUGGCAACCCGGACUAUUUGCAUUGCAUUUUUUUAUUCAUUUAUUUAUUUAAAAAACUGCAUUGUUGGUUAAGGGCUUGUAAGUAAGCAUUUCACGGUAAUGUCUACACCUGUUGUAUUCGGCGCAUGUGGCAAAUAACAUUUUAUUUUAUUUGAUCUGUUAUAGUGGAGGAAAGGAUCCACCGAGAAAGAUAAUCAACCAGUCAGUCCGAACACAGAGGCACAUUGUUCCAGCGCUAAUGUGAAUAAGCCCAAACCUGUUAUGUGAAGAUGACCCAGAUUUCCCCCCCCUCUGACAACUCCUAUAGUUGGCUAAAUGCACAUACAGAUCUGGGACCAGGCUAGAUGUUCUCUGAUAAAAAAAAUGGAGAAUACCCUUCACACUGUUUGAAGGCUUCCAAGUUUGUUUUGUAACACCUGCUACUUGAACUGGGCUUUGACCAACUCAGGGUUUGUGCUCAGUGUUCACCUGCAGGGGGAGCCCUUCAGUCACUAAUAAUUAUUGGAACACACUCAAAGCCUGGUUGUUGCACAGUAUUUGCAUCAUGCACAAUCACUGCAAAGUAAUUGUCCACACUGACUGUGUAGAACAGUGGGUCCAACAACACCUUGAUGGAAUAAGAAAAAAAUUAGUUCAAAUACCAGUAGUCUCUUUAACAUUGUGUGUGUUUAUGAUCUUUACACAGAAUCGAAUGGAGGAAAGCAAAGCAUUGUUCAGGACAAUAAUAACCUACCCGUGGUUUAAAGAUUCCUCAAUCAUACUAUUCUUGAAUAAGAUUGACUUAUUGCAGGAGAAAAUCUUGUUCUCACAUCUGGUGGAUUACUUCCCUGAAUAUGAUGGUAAGAACUCCUUCUUUUUAUGGACCUAUUGACAAAAUGAAUAGAGCCCUAUUUGCAUGGACCAGCUAAAUGUGAUCAUAAGCUACCGAUGCAAAAUGGAUUAGCAUUCAGUUAUCGUAUUACUGAUAUAGUGUAUAGAUAAAAAAUACCCUAUAUAAACCAUAUUAAUAGCAUACUCAUAAAUAAAGUAUUGUAUAUACAAUGUAGCCAUCUAACACCAUUUACAAGACCUUGCCCCUUAUCGCCUAUAAUCGAUCCUUGAAGGUGCCAUUUGUAAUGUCUUUGUCCCCUGUGGCCACAGAUGGACAUCACAAACACUUUCAAAGACCGUCCCCUUCAGUCCUGUUGGGCCAAUACCUUGUUCCAUUAACCGGAAAUGAAACAAUAUUUAAUAUGUAUCGCUUUAGACUGAUAUAACAAUAAAAAAGCAUCUGCCAUGAUUUCAUGAAUCAUAACUAAUCGUAUCUCCUCCUCUCAGGACCCCAGCGGGACCCACAGGCAGGAAGAGAAUUCAUCUUGAAGAUGUUUGUGGACCUGAAUCCAGAUAGCGAUAAAGUCAUCUAUUCCCACUUCACCUGCGCCACCGACACGGAGAACAUUCGCUUUGUCUUCGCCGCUGUGAAAGACUUCAUCCUGCAGCUGAAUCUGAAGGAGUACAACCUGGUUUAG